AGCCCCUCUUCUUUUUUUUAUCGCACACACAAUUGAAUCGAAACUGUUGGAAUAAUACCGCAUUCCUGAGGUAUUCAUGCUAUCAGGUCCACGUUUCGGUGGCAUUGGACGACGCAAUGGUACAGACACAGCAUUGGCAGUGGGACGGGGCACUUCCAUGAAACGUCAUAAAGCCGCAUUCACUCUUUUUUGUCUACCAGCGGGCCAGGACAAGAGGAUAUUUUGCAUGAUUCUAAUCAUGAAAGUCUGGACGCUGAAUACAUGGGUUGUACUAAGUAUUCAAUGCAUUUCUCCAACUAUUCAUAUGGACAUUAGACAACUACCGGUGCAUCAAAUUUUCGACGUGAUCUCCAUCCUGGUCUACCGGGAUCUGCUACUUUAGCUCUAGCUAAGUAUGUAAUUGGCAUGUAGUGGUUCGUGGGGCUAAAGUGCGUUGAAUGACGGCAGCCAGAUCUUCAACGCAGGACAGGUGAUUCUUAAGGCAGUAAGGCAGGCUUAACUGCAAGAUCGAAGAACCGAAAGGCGAUCGAGAUGUCCUAAUUCAUCAAUUGUCAGGGGCUCUUACAUGGCUGCUCACCACCUCACUCGUAUGCAACUUCAAACACGCCAUCAUUCACUUCAAGCCCAUGUCAUCCUCAAAAAUCGCUGGCCUCAGAAGACGCCUCAAAUUGGAACUAACUUAUAUCGCCAUCAAAAGGAUGAACACUUGAGAAAUGAAAUAACUCACCCAUCAAGUAGUUUACCAAAGGACGGCAUAGAAGAGCCCCUAGGGCAGGCAGGAUAUCCAUCGUCUGGCCAUCUUGAAUACCCUGGACCAUCAUGUGAAUAAGACAAUCCAAUGGUAGAGCUUUCAAGAGCAUGAUUUUAUGACUUCAAGGGGCCGAACGCAUAAUUGCUUCGGCAGGAAUAUAUGCCUUCCAAUAACACAUCUGAGGCAGGCAAAUAUGCGAACUCCAGGGUCACCAGCCUGUCGGCGCUCUGAAAUCUGACCAGUCAUUGAGAAAACUUGACAGUCAUCUUGGAAACCAAGACGGGCUGUGAUGAUCGCUGCGAGGAUUACCGAGGCGUCCACCAUUGAAGCCCUGUGUUUACAGCCCGGCGGUGCAAGCAAGGAAAUGAGAGGCCAAAAUGUGAAAAUAGAAAGCCAUUCAGGAGAGUCAUAUGGCUGCAGAUGCUGUUCUAUGCGCUGGCAAGCGUCACUUCACAGCGGUUGGGAUGGAUGGUUGGCCUGAUGCGACGGCAGCGCGUCUGCUGACCUAGAGCGCCAAGCGCUGAGUCGCCAGGACCCUGAAGAAGCGCCCCUGAACAUGACGACAGAGGCCUCAGCAGGGCCUCAGCUCAUCGCAACCCAGGUUGACAAGGCUCAAUUCAAGUCUGCCUCUCUUGAAGUUGCCUUGACUGCCGACUGUAACUGUUAAGCCUCUCGACAACGACUGGUGCCGAGGAUCCUGGAACAUCAAGGCAGGUGACCUACCCCAGGUAUCGUCACUGAAGCCUCGGGAUAUUCAUUUAUGAGCCGGUAGCAAGUUUCUCGUCUGAUCUGCUCGGCAUAUGUCCGUGGUCACGCCUAUCCCAUGAUGUCGGGUGCAUCAACAGCAGAACGGACGGGAGGCAAGUCCUGCCCAACUGACUAUGGGCAGAGGGAUAGUUGCAGAUUACGGCUCAAAAACCUCACCUCUAGAGUGACUCGACGCGGCUUCGUCCGUCGGAAUGAGCUCCGUGGUCAGGCGCAAGGACACGGUCAUCAGUCAUCAGUCGUUACCCGCCUGAACUUUGACCGCGUAUAGCCUUUCACUUAUUUUCCCAGCGUUGACAGAUGAAUUUCUAGGCGAGAUCACUCAAAGGCCCGUGGCCGCUUGCGGAGGCGAGGUGCAGCGUGCGGAUGACAAUCUGGGGGCUCGUUGUUAUCACGGGGUCACCGGAUAUUGGUUAUGCCAUUGAGAACGGGUCAAGUCAAUGAAUCCCCACGAUCCUCUGGGGCUUCUCCAGGGCGAGAAUCACUAGCAGGAUUCUCAUUUCCAAUCCCAGAUCGCCCAGAAUCACGUCAAUUCGCCGUUGAAGUGGAAGCCUAGAUUGCAAGCGGACCAAUUGACGCUUUAACACAGGCGUCUGUUGAUGAUACCGGCUUGGGAUUGGAAUUGAAGCUCAAUGCCAAAAACACCAUUGACAUGACUGGUCAGGGUCUUCAACACCAUGCUCGGCGAAAACUCUCUCAGGGUCUAUCAUGUGUCUUGAAGCUAUCGAGCUAAUGGCUUUCAAGAGAGCCGUUCGUCCUUACCGAGUCUCACCAUUCUCAGGAUCAAAUGCCUUGGUGAAUGUUAAGACCGCGGUUAAUCCGGGCCAGAACAACACAAAGCGAGGCUUGGAUCACCAACGUGACUUGUGAUGGGGCCUCAGACAGGUCCCUGAUGAGGAGCGGGCUACCAGGGUGCUUGAUCCGCGGGAGACAGAAGGUCCCAAGAGAAUGACAGUGGGGGGGAAUUGGACCUGGCAAGGCAAACAACAGGGUCGUCCUCAGUUUUGGACUCGGAUGCCCGAUUCGGUCUCAGUUCACAACGGAGCCGCUCAAGGGAGAUGAACAGGACACAUGACAAGCUGUCAACGUUCCAGAACGCCAAACGGACAGCAGGAUCUGCUUUCCGUUACAAGAGGCCGCGGCCCCAUUAGGAAGCGUUAGGGGACACCGAGAGAUAGAACCGUUUGCACUCCCGAGACCGCGUUCGUCUGUGCUCGCUCCGUAACUGUCUCAGGUGGGCCACUUACUUGAUCAGGUAAUUCAGAUAUAACCCAAAGAAGACUGGCCCGGUAAGUGUGAGUCUAAACUCCGUUGGGCAUCAUAGUGACCCGCGACUUGAACACAAUAAGUGCCUCUUCAGGUAAAGACCCGUGGAAACUGGUCACCAGGAAGAAUUUGCCUCCCCCUCUCUGCCACCUCCACCCGUGUUCCUCCCCCUGACAGAAGCCCUGUCCUUGUCUGCUGUGUCGCCGAAGUUGAACAGCCUACAGGCCUUCCCACCUCCACCUCUAUGAUCCUGUGCCCUGGCGUGGACAUGGCAUUGGGCAGGUUCUUGAUUCGAAGAGGAUCCCUUUGUUCAGAGAGGGAAGAGACUCAAAGAUACAGACAAGCAAUAAAUAGCUCUUUGGUCUUCGUUGUCAUGCGUUUGCUGUACUAUGCUGUGCUGUACUGCGCUGUGCCGCCACUUUAACCCCC